AUGUUUAAACUUUUGUUGUUUGGCUUGGCAUUUGGUUCGGCCGAGGCUCUGCUGGCGGAACAACAGGAAAGUGUUCUUGCUCUACAUAACCAAUAUAGGGCUGCUGUAGCCAAUGGGCAGGUUACUGGUGCUAAUGGAGCCACACUACCAACGGCUGCUGAUAUGAAGGCUUUGGUGAGUUUGUUAUGCUAUUUUUGUAUUUUUAAUUAUUUUUUUGGAAUUUUCGUUGUUUAAUUAUAAAAAACUGGCAAGAAUGGAUUCAUUGGAUUGUCAUACUCAUUUUUGUGCAAAAUUACAUUACUAAAAAGAAGCUAUUAGUAUACUAUGUUAUGACAGGUGUACAACACUGACCUAGAGAACAAUGCCGAUCGAAUUGUGGUAGCUUGUAAUUGGAACACUUCAUCUACAGGCCAGAAUCUUUAUGCAUCAGCUGGUUACGGAACGGCUACUGAUGACACUAUUAAGAACGCCGUGGCAGCGUGGAACAGUGAGGCGACCAACCUGAGUACAGAUGACAUUCCUCAGUAUAAGGCCAAUUCCGCUGACACCAACUUCACACAGGUAUGCUUUGGCAUUGAUGAGUUGUCCCAGAGGUUGGCAUGUUGUUUUAGCUUCUCGAAAGCCUUGAAAUUUAAUCGAAUUUUAAAACAUUUAAAUGAAAAAAAAAUAAAAUUUUGCAAUGUUGUAGUUGAUCUGGGCCAACACUUCUGAAAUCGGAUGUGCUAUAACGUUCUGUGGCUCUCUGAGUGGGUUUGAAGGCGCACAAUGGACCUAUUUUGUGUGUGCCUACUCCGCCCCAGGCAAUGUUCUCAAUCAACCAAUCUACACCUCUGGCACGACAGCUUCACUAUGCGUGGACGGUGUUGUUAAUGGAAGUCUUUGCGUGAAAACUGGUUCUACAACUACUUCAUCGAUUAGUACUUCUUCAGUUAGUACUUCAUCGUCUAGUAUAACAGCGUCUAGUACAACAGUAACUAGCACGUCAACUACUGCGUCUUUUACUGCAACCAGUACUAAUCCAUCUAUUAGUACGUCAACUUCUACUGCCACUUCAACUGAUCCAAGGUCAAGUACUAGAGGAUGUCGUACCCGGCCAUAUCAAUAUUGA